AUGGCAGCUGUUGAGACGCGUCCACCAGUCCACAGCUUCAAGAUCAGCCCGAUCAUCAGCGAAAAAUUGACUCUAGGCGGUUCAGAAGGACGACCAAGUGUGAAGUUUGACCCUGAUAGGCACUUGUCGUAUCAACAGGAUCCCAAAAUCGUGACGCUCAAAGAUAUCGGUCUCUCAGAAGAUGUUGGCAUCUCUCCGGUUGCGACUUCAGAACCUUUUCCUCUCUUCACGGAAGACGCCAUCAGUAUCAUGAGGGGCGAGAUAUUUCAGCAAGAAGUAUGGGACAACUGUCUGCACAGCACCGAAUUCGCAGGUUGUCAACUAAGGGGUCAUUGCCCAAAAUACGCACCUUUCAUGUACGAUGCGUGGAACAACCCACGGACGCUUUCCAUCGUCUCGAGGAUUGCUGGGAUCGAUCUCGUCCCGGAGAUUGAUAUUGACAUCGGCAACAUCAACGUCUCCGUCCAAGGUCCACUGAAGGACUAUGAGAAACAAGAGAAUCAAUCCGAUGACGAUAUUCCCGUCACCAAAUGGCACUACGACAGUUAUCCGUUUGUCUGCGUGGUGAUGAUGAGCGACGCUUCAAAGAUGCAAGGGGGCGAGACAGCCAUCCGAACUGGAUCAGGCGAAUUCAUCAAAGUUCGGGGUCCCCAAAUGGGCUGUGCUGUGGUGCUUCAGGGGAGACACAUCCUCCACCAGGCACUGGCUGCAAAGGGCGGCACAGAACGUAUCACCAUGAUCACCUCAUUCCGGCCUCGUGAUCCAUUUGUUCGGGAUUCCUCCGUGCUGACCAGCAUUAGACCUAUCUCGGAUCAUUCAGAGCUAUACUUCCAGUGGACAGAAUACCGUGUCGAGGUCUUGCAAGAACGCCUCGCUCGAAUGCUGAAGCUGCUGAAAGAGGAGCAUACAGCUGGCAAGAAGACCGACGCCAAAACGAUCAAAGAGUUUCUCAAGCAGCAAGAAGAAUGGCUCGCCAUCACCAAUACCGAGAUAGUCUGA